AUGUCCUUGAUAGCGCCUGCGGAUUCAGACUAUGUGCUUCGUGACUUCGACCUGAAGGGAUAUGACAUCCGCCGGCUCCAGGCCGAAGGCAUCAUCCCAUUCGACCCAGAUGUGAUUGGGUACGCUGACCCCAAACCGGGGCUGGCCCGCAAGGGCUACUCUGCUGUGUACCACAGCAGGGCAAACAAGCGCUUCAAGAAGUUUUUCGCGCCGGGCUACGAAACUUACCACAAGAUCGUCAAGUCGUCGGUGAGAAGAAACCCUGACAGCCCGGCCUUGGCGCUGAGAAAGUACGACUUUCAGACCAAGACGUCGGCACCCGAGUACGAGGCCAUCACCUACGCCGAGAUGGACGAGAAGAAACGGGCCUUGGGGCUGGGGUUGCUUUUCCUUCUCCAGAACAACCCGUUCAAGAGGUCUGGGGAGAUCGAGGCCCAUGCCAAGAUCGACUCCCAUGUUGCUGAGUACCCUUCGUACAACACCGACAAGAUGAGUUUUGUGGUGACCCUUUUCGCCCAGAACCGUGCCGAGUGGGUGCUUACCGACAUCAUGUGUGCGUCCUACAGUUUGACCAACACGGCCUUGUACGAUACCUUGGGCCCGGGCACAUCGCUGUACAUCUUGAGCCUCACGGAAUCGCCCGUGGUGAUUGCGCUGGGGAUCCACGUCAAGUUGUUGAUCAAUUUGAAGAAACAGAGCCCGAAGGAGCUUGCGAGCUUCAUUUGCUUGGUGUCGAUGGACCCCUUGGCAGAGGUGUUCGGCGCCGAGGAGCUGAAAAAGUUGGUUCAGGAGGCCAAGUCUGUGGGCAUCAUGCUCUACGACAUGGACCAGGUCUGUGAAGUGGGCAGAAUCUUCCCCCACGACGAAUUGCCUCCUAAACCAGAAACCGUCUACACGAUUUCCUUCACUUCGGGCACCACCGGGUCCAAACCUAAAGGUGUGGUGUUGACCCAGGCCAAUUGUGCUGCGGGUGUGGCGUUCCUCUUGGCCCAGGUGCCUCGUCUCGACGAGUUUCGUGAUUUUUGUUUCUUGCCCUUGGCCCAUAUCUUCCAGAGACACUGCACCGCUAAUUCGUUGAUGGUGGGUGCUCAUAUCGGCUUUCCCCAACUUGGCGGGUCCCCAUUGACCCUCGUAGAAGACUUGAAAAUUUUCAAGCCCACGUACAUGUCCAAUGUGCCUCGUGUGUUCACUAAAUUCGAAGCAGCCAUCAAGAACGCCACCAUCAACUCGGAUAGUGCCCUUGCCAAGCGUUUGUUCACCAGAUUCAUCAACACCAAGAUGGAGAGACAGGCUACUGCCGAUAACGAGGUUGGUUCCCUCUGGCUUUACGACCACGUGCUCGCUCCAAAGCUCAAAAAGGCCUUGGGCUUUGAUAACAUGAAGUGGACAGUCACGGGGCUGGCCCCAAUCUCUCCUCUGACUGUCAAGUUCCUCAAGGCUGCUUUGAACAUUGGCUUCAGUCAGGGUUAUGGCUUGACUGAGACGUUUGCAGGUAUCAGUUUCAGUAUUCCCUACGAGAAGAAGCCAGGUACUUGCGGUGCCGUUGGUAUCACCACGGAGAUCUGCUUGCGGGACUUGCCUUCCUUGGGAUACUCCGUGGAUGCUGAUUUCCCUGCGGGCGAGUUGCUCAUUCGUGGUGCCCAGAACUUCUCUCACUACUACAAGAAUGACGAGGAGACCGCAAAGGCCAUCAAAGAUGGCUGGUUCCACUCUGGAGACGUUGCAAGAAUCGAUCCUGCGACUGGCCGCUACUACAUCAUUGACAGAGUGAAGAACUUCUUCAAGUUGGCCCAGGGUGAGUACGUGACUCCUGAGAAGGUGGAGAACAACUACCUUUCCAGCAACUCCAUCCUCACUCAAGCAUUUGCACACGGAGAAUCCUUGCAGGACUACUUGGUGGGAGUUCUUGGGGUCGAUGAGGCCAAGACGAGAGACUUUUUGAUCAAGAACUGUAGAGUGCCUGCAUCUGCCUUGAUUGCACCCGAAGCCGUUUUGGAGCAGAUCAAUAAGAUCGACAACAAAACGAUUUUGCUUGAGGAAAUCAAUAAAAACGUCCAGGGUCUCUUUGGGUACGAAAAACUUCAUAACAUCUACUUGGAGUAUGAGCCAUUGAGACUCGAAAGAGACGUCAUCACUCCUACGGUGAAGAUCAAACGUCCUAUCGCUGCUAAAUUCUUCGAAAAGCAGAUCAAGGAGAUGUACAAGCAGGGCAGGAUCACCGGCACCAAGACGAAGUUGUAA